CGCUCAUGAUUGGACGCGCUGCGUCAUGUGAGGGGCCUCCAACUGGCUCGGUCCUGACUCUCAUUCCAGUCCACUUUCGUCUCUCCUUGUGCGCUUGUUUAUUUGCCCUCAACUACUUCUAAUGGCGUUCUUACACUUUGCUUUGUGUACAAUAUCGACUGCAGCGUGUCAGUCUUUGCCUCACACUGACGGACAAAUAUCCGCAUUGGAGCUGCGUCUUUUGCGGACGUUUCCUUUUUUUUUUUUUUUUUUCUUUCGUGUUGCAUAUUUGCUGCACUGGAAAGAGGGGGAAUGGCAAAGAUGGGUGCAAACAUUCCUGGUUGUUAAAGAGAGAAAUUUACAGCUGAGUAAUAAAAGUUUACGACUCACGGCUAGCCGUGAUUGGCUGCGGCGAGCCACGUGGCUCACGCUCUAUGAACAUGAACUUUAUGCUGUUGUCUAUUCCCCGCUCCUUCCUUUGAAUCGCCAGCAGAGCAGGCUGCAGUCGUGUAAAAGCUCCCUCGUUUCUCCACGCUCACGUGGGGACAUGCACAUAACAGGUUCGGCCGCUCGUUCACCUUCUCUUGGCCGCCUUCACGCCGCAGGCAGGCAUCUCGAGGACAGCCUGCAGCCCUUCUCCCUCCGGAACACGGAAGGAAAGCGAGCUGCACGAAUGGACUUUUUGCAUUGCUGCAUCCUCAUAGGCUGCGUGCGUGCGCGCGCGCGAGCCAGCCAACAAGCCAGCGAGCGAGCGUGGGCAACCUGCAAAAUGGAGCCCCCGCAGAGACGCCGUUCAGAUCGUUCCAUGCUCAAGUGGAAGGCCGCACAGGACGUGUGGCCCAUCCCGUCCCGUCCCGUCUUCUAUCUCGUGCUCCCUUCUCGCAGAUUGCUGCAUCGUGCUUACCGGUGCCUGCAUGGCGGUGAGAAAAAGCAAAGCGAGCUACUAGUUUAGUGGCCAAGAUCAAUGGCUUCGCUACCAAGACAGGCGGAGAGGAAGAGCAAGGGAGAGGGCUGAGCAAAAGGAGAAAUUAAGCGAGCGAGAGAGCGAGAGAGCGAGCGAGCGAGCGAGGAAGCUGGAAGCGAGCGCGCCAUGGCGACUGGAGGUAUGCUCAACAACCCUGGUUCCUCAUCCGGGCACCUGCAGCUCGGCUGCGAUUGGCCGUCAGGGUCACGUGGUAAAAGUAACUUUACAGGGCUGCUUGCAAGUAGGAGGGCUUUAUGGAGCAGAAAAACGACAAAGCUAGAAAAAUUAUUUUGCACUCCAGAAAUUAAUGAUCAUGAGCUCGUAUUUGAUGGAGUCCAACUACAUUGAUCCGAAGUUUCCUCCAUGCGAGGAAUAUUCGCAAAACAACUACAUUCCCGAGCACAGCCCUGAAUAUUACGGCCGCGCCAGGGACCCGGGCUACCAGCAGCCGCCGCCGCCGCCUCCUCCACCGCCGCCGCCGCCACCGCAGCAUCACCACCAGCACCACCAGCAGCAGCAGCAGGACUUGUACGCUGCGCCGCGGGCCAGCUACCAAGCGCGCCAGUACAACUGCGCAAGCAUCCCCGAGCCCGACACGCCGAGGGGACACGCGGGCAUUGGCCACUCGGCGCACCUGCUCGCGGGCAAGGGCCAGCCCGCUUCUUGCGAGACCCCCCAGUUGUCCAUGUCCCCCGCCACCCCGCCGGCCGCAGCCUCCGCCUGCAACCAAGCCCUGCCGGAGCAUCCCAACAGCGCCGCCUCGUCCAAGCAACCCGUUGUCUACCCGUGGAUGAAGAAGAUUCACGUCAGCACCGUCGCGGGCUACAACGGGACGGAGCCCAAGCGGUCUCGGACAGCAUACACCCGCCAGCAAGUCUUGGAACUGGAGAAGGAGUUCCACUAUAACCGCUAUUUGACUCGGAGGAGGCGCAUCGAGAUCGCCCACACGCUGGUCCUGUCCGAACGCCAGAUCAAAAUUUGGUUUCAGAACCGCAGGAUGAAAUGGAAAAAGGACCACCGGCUGCCCAACACCAAAGUGCGCUCGUCGUCUUCGUCGUCGUCGUCGUCGUCCGGCUCCAGCGCUGCGUCCGCGGCCGUGCUUCCUUCCUCGGCCACCGGCGCCGCAGCGGCCUCCGAUGAACUGAGCGCGGCGGCGCAGCACGGCGACGACAUGACCAGGUUAUAAAAAACGCACACGGACGACGCAGAUCAUGCAAGGAAAAAAAAAAACAGAAGAGAACUGCGUAUUUAUAGAUGAUGGUCUAUUUUGUUUUGUUUUUUUCGUAGCCAUCGUGUGCGGUUUCCUCCAAGUCCAGCGUUAUAUAAAAUGCAUGUUAUAUAGCAUGGAUUCCUGCGAAUACCGAUGCAGUCUUUUUUAUACGUGAUACAGGGUUUCGUUUAUUUGAACGCGUUUCAAAUGCUCUUUGAAUAUGUUUGGAAAGAAGGCCGAGCAAAAAAUGCAGAUGGCGAUACAUUGAAUACAAAUAUUAUUGUGGGCCAUUCUUUUGCCCUUUGCAGGUGAAAUGCACAAUCUAUUUAUUUCAGACAACACCGAAAAAAUAUCAAUAUAAUUAUUUUUGGUAUUAGGGGAGAAUUAAAAAAAAAAAAAAAAAGCUGAAACACACCAUUCAUCUUGAACUUGUAUGUUUAGGAUAAAACCAUGUGACAAUUACCUCGUGUAUUUCAGAAACAAUUAUUUAUUUAUUUAUUUAUUUAUUUAAUUAUUUAUUUAUUGUUUACAGUUUGGUUUCGUGGUGUUGGUGUUGUGUUUAGGACCUUCAAAAAAUGGAUUAUUGUGAAAUGCAAUAAACGGAUUUAGUGUACCUGUGCUAAUCAUAUUGAUCAAUAAAACAGUGAGUGUCUUCUA